UAUGGGGUUUGAAGUUUCAUGUGUAUUCAGCAUUCUCUACUCUAAAAGCCUCAUCAAUUAUCAAACCUCAGGAUUCUAUAGGUUGUUGCCAUCACACUUAAAAGUGCUAUAACUAUAGUGUGAAAAGAUCGCUGGUUUACACUUUUAGCUUUUUCAAGCUGAUUGUUGGUUAGCUUGGGGAAGAUGUGUUGGGAUGGUUUCAAGGUUGUUGUUAAAAAAAAACACCCUGUUGUUACAAUUCCAGCGUUCCAAAAGAAAUUGGGAAUCUGGGGGCUUUAACAAUCUGGGUACAAAAAGUGACCAAAACCUCACUUUUCCCACUUCUGUAGUAGCAAUUUUUAGCAGUGUGGCACUGGCUACCAAUUUCCCUUACUUGAAAUACAACAAAGUAUCACAUACUGUUAUGAAGAAAUAAUGUAUAGCAGCAUCUACUCCUCUAGUAAAAGUUUGUAAAAUGCAAUGAAAGAAUAACCCUCACAGCGUCGCAUUUUACAAGCGCAAACAUCCCAUUUUUUUUGAGCCAACCCUCUUUGGGAGGCUAAAGAAACUACUGUUGUCAUUCCUAACCCAAGCAACUAAAAGCAAAUGCCUCCCUGCCUUCUGGUGCCAAGCUAUCUUGACGUGGCUAUGGAGCGUUUCAUUUUUUCCAUUAAUUUUUCCUGCGCUACUUUUCUCUUUAAAGGCAUGUUGUCUCGGAAAGCCGCAUAGCAAAACUCAUAGUUUCUUUUCCUCUCUUUCUUCUUGCCAGUCCAUGCAAACCCCACCCUGACUGUACUUUUUCCCCUCCCCUUUCUCAUGAAAAAAAGCCUUCUGCCUGCAAAAGAAAACAGCUGGAAACCAGUACUCCUUUUUAAAAAAAUAAUCUGUCAGUACAAUUUCUACAUUUGAUUCUCUUCUGCAUUCCCAUGUGCAGAACAAGCAGAUACUUCUGAAAUAAAUUCAGAAACUACACAGUCAGCUAAAAGGGCUCAGGAAAUUGGAUGAAGAACCCACGGAAAUGCAAGAAUCUGGCUUCAACUGAACCUGACAUGUGGUAGGGAUGCGAUGGUAACCAGAACACCUCCAGUGACACAGACAAUGUGAAGAACAACGCUGGCAGAUAAGGAGAGAGGUCGUUCCCGAGAUCAACAGCAUUGCAUUCCAGACUCUCAAAAUACUGUUUCUUCAUUGCAAAUUUCAACUAUCAUUAAAACUCAUAACAUCUAGCUGCAUGGUAAAGCCCAUGGACAAGCAAGAACACCAAAACUCCUUGGAUCUGUAGAUAUCUUCUGUACAUCAUAACACCUAAAGUGUCCACGAGAUACAGAAAAGUAAAAUGGCUGCUCUUAUUGCUGAAAAUUUCCGCUUCCUCUCACUCUUCUUCAAGAGCAAGGAUGUGAUGAUUUUCAAUGGCCUGGUUGCCCUGGGCACAGUUGGGAGCCAGGAACUUUUCUCUGUGGUUGCUUUCCAUUGCCCAUGCUCCCCAGCUAGAAACUAUAUCUAUGGCCUGGCUGCCAUUGGUGUACCGGCUUUGGCCCUGUUUGUCCUUGGUGUCAUCUGGAACCAUCACACUUGGAACCUGGUGGCUGAGUGCCACAAGCGAGGAACCAAGAACUUUUCAGCAGCUGCAAACUUCUUGAUCUUUGGCUCCGUCAUGGGACGGGCAGCAGUCGCUCCUAUAACAUGGUCAGUGAUCUCACUGCUUCGCGGAGAUGCCUAUGUCUGUGCCUUGAGUGAAUUCAUGGAUCCCACCUCCCUGAAUGACUUUCCGUCUGGCUACGGAGCAGACACCAUGGCCAAGUUCCCUUGUGAUGACUUUCCAAAGAAUGUGACAGGAUUUAAAGAUGAAGUUAUACGACGAUUAAAAUAUGAGUCUCAGCUAUUUGGGUGGAUGCUCAUUGGUGUCGUUGCAGUUCUUGUGUUCAUCACCAAAUGCCUGAAACACUGCUGUUCACCUCUCAGUUACCGCCAGGAAGCCUACUGGGAUCAAUACCGCUCCAAUGAGACCAGACUUUUCCAACGUACUGCUGAGGUACAUGCCAAGAUCAUGGCUGCCAACAAUGUCAAGAACUUCUUUGGCUUUGUGUACUUAAACAAGGAAGAGGCAGAAGAGAUGGAAAAAUUUGUGGUGUCAUGUGUCCAGCCCAGGCAACAAUGGGAUGCCAUCACUGGAGUCUAUAUCUAUCGGGAGAAUAAUGGCAUCCCCCUCUAUAGCCGUCUCCAUAAAUGGGCCAAAAGGUUGACAGGAAAUAGUUUAGGUCCUGACAGCCAGGAAACUGCCUUUCUAGCUACCUAAGAUAACAACCGUUGCAGAGUUAUACUGGCAGCAAGCUCCAUUGAAUGCCAUAGGAAUUAUUUCUGAACAGACAUGCACAAAAUUGCCCCAUAAGAAUAUACACUACUCAUAAUAUCUCCAUGUUGUAUGUUAUCUCCUUUUUGUGUAUUGCCAAAACUCUUGGUACACCAAUGAUGAGAAUUAACACCCAAGAAAUAUGGGUGAACUUGAUAUCAGAUGAGGAACAGGAAAGACCAACAGUCUUGGAAGCACACCUCCAAAAUAUUAUUACAAAUUGUGGUGAUAACAAUAAUACACCUAAAGAAGAUAAAGGAUGAAAACAAGUCUUGCUGCUCUGAUGUAUAGAGCGCUCCCAAAGGUAUAUUUCCAUACACAAAAGGAGGAGAAAAUACUGGAUGUUCAGUCAUGCAAAUGGAGAUGCCACAAUGUUUCCUGUGUUUUCAUAGAAAACAGUGCCAGUGGGAGGUCUCAUCUUUAUUAUGAUUACUACCUCAUCUUACACUUCCUUGACCUACUUCCUCUGAAACAUCUUAAUACUUCAUUUAAACAUGAUAGAGAAAAUUGAAAUACCAACGAGAAGUAAAACUUUUCUUCUGUCCUUGGACUCAGGUAGUACCUGGAACAUUUAUUUUUAGAAUAAAGUGCCUAAAAUCCUUCAGCCAUUUGGUUAGGGAUUUUGUAGUUUUAUUAAAAAAUAAUUUUCUCAAGUUCUGGAUUCAAUUUUUGAGACUGGCACCAUUCUGCUUCUUCAAGAAACAGUUGCAAUGCUUUGUUGUUCCUCUACUGGAGUAUAUAUAUAUAUAUUUUUAAAAAGGUCAGACAGACUGAAUUAUCUUCUCUAUUGGACAGCUUGAAAAGAGAAACCUGCAAUAUUGCAAACUAAGGUCUCUAUUCCACUUUGGAUGAAUGAAGUAGUAUUGCCCGUCAAUGGGUCUAACAAUGUACAGUGGUCUUUAUAAAAGUUUUACAAUAGUUUUGAAGGCUACCAAAUGAAAUAAGGGAUAAUAGUUUACAAUAGUUUUGAAGGUUGCCAAAUGAAAUAAGGGACAAUGCUCCUGUACCUUCAAUGGUUGUAUAGAAGAGGGGUUUUCUAAAGAUUUAUUUAUUUAUCAUGUCAGAAGCAAAUUGGGCACAGUUAUAAUGUAUUUAAAAACACAGUUAAAGAUCUGGCAUUAUGCAAAAUUGACCAGAAGCUGGCCACUUGGAGUGCCCCUGGUGUCCUCCAUUGUGCAUGUGACAGGGCUCAGGUUGCAUUGCAGUAGGUGGUCUGUGGUUUGCUCUUCUCCACAUUCACGUGUCGUGGACUCCUUUGUAGCCCCAUUUAAGGUUGGCUCUGAAUCUCAUGGUGCCAGAGCACAGCUGUUCUGCGCCUUCCAGGUUGCCCAAUCUUCUGAGUGCUCAGGAGGAAAUCUCUCAUCUGGUAUCUAAAGAUUAUGCUUGGUUUGCAAACUUCUACUGAAAUCCCCUCUUCUGCAAACCCAUUAAAAUGAAAACAAAAAAACCCAUCCCUGAUUUCGUUUGUCCAGCUUUUCAUAACGAUUACAAAAAACCCAAAUGUGUGCCAGUGGUUGAAAUGAAGUAGUUCUUGGGGACUAUUGUCUAAAUAGGAUGACAACAUUUCCAUAAAUAAAUACAGUUCUUCAUAACUCCAUCUUUUAAAAUUGUAUAGCUUUGAAUCCAAAUGCUGCUAGUCCCAACACACUGAGUCAACUGGAUUUACAACUGCUGUUUACCACAGAGCAAUUUAUUUAGUGAGUCUUCUCCAAUUGGAAGUAUCAAUUUGAUUUUGCUAUAAAUCUCUGAUAGGGUCACCAAGAGAAAUAAAUAAUACCCUCCUGCCCUUGUAAUGAUUGGAUAAAAGAGGGGAUUUCGGUAGGUGUUGCUUGUCAAACAAUCAACUUCAGAAAUCCUUUCUUCUACACAACCAUUAAAAGGACAAGAGUAUUAUUGCUUAUUUCUGCUGGCAGCCCAUCACUGAUUCACUGCUUUGAAACUAGAGUUGUAGUCUGUAGUAGUAGUAGUACUGAAUCAUAUCACUACAUCUCCACUGUACUAUUGGAUGUGGUGCACCUGCUUCAUACAAGUUGUUACAUUUAGGUGCAGAUUUUAUCAUUGCUUUUAUUAUUUUUGCAUUCAUCCUGUUCCGGCAAAUUAAUGCAUCAGAAAUCCUCAUGUGCUUUGGCAAGGUAAUUAAAUCGCUAUUUGACUUUGCAUCCCAUAUGCAAGGCAAUGUGCAUAUUUAGAUAGAAGAACCAGUGUAGAAAGUCCAGCCUUUGCUGCAGAAGUCCAACAGAAGUAGAAUGCACAAUUACAAAGAAUUUCCUUCAAAAACAGCAUUAGCUCAAACUGUCUCUAUUCUGUCAUGCCAACUGGCCUUCAAGGGCAACUUGAAAGCAAGCAGACUAGUGGUUCUCUUCUAACCAGCUGCAAAAGCAAACAGCAUGUGGAGCUAAGCUUAUUAAAAGUGGUAACUGAAACUUGAAAGUAUUCAAAAGGGGGCUUUUCCACACAUAACUAACCAGCAUUGUGUAGAUGUUUCAGCCCAACCUGAGAUUGUUAUUGUGAUAAGUCAACUACAUAAUUUGCAUAUACAGAUAAAGACUAAAUCUUUCAGUGUUGGGUGUGAGAAACAUAAAAAAUUCCCGCUUGUUCAAGUUUGUCCUACUGGUAGUUCUUGAUAAGACUGAAAAGCCACCCUAAGAUUAAUGCAAAAAUACGUUCCCUUUCCAUGAGAGACUGCCACAAUUUCUGUCUUAAACAGUUUUAUAUGUCUCUCCCACCCUUUUCAUUUAGUUCUUCUUAAAAGCUGUUGCAAUUUUCCUUCAUCUGUAAAGUUCUCUAUGAUGUUCACCACUUUGCCAUAUACUGGUAGUAAUACACCUAAAGUAAAAUAACAAAUGCUGUGCUUUGUCAUAUGUCAGAGUUUAGUUUCAGAAAAUGGUGGUAGUCAUAACUAGCUAUAUUUAUUUCAGUCACUCGCCAGUUUUAAGAGGUUUAUAUAAGAAACAGGAUUGUCACUUCAACUAAAACUGUAGUAUUCCAGUAGUUUAGGCUCUUACAUAUCUUUCACAUACAUACAAAGUCUAUACAUUUUGCUGUUUUUGUCUCUGGUAUAAAGCCCUAAAGGCACUAGAUCCCAUCUGAUCUGGGAAGCCAUGCAGAGGCAGCUCUAGUUAGUACUUGGAUGGGAGAUUGCCAACAAAAACCAGGUGCUGUAGGCUAUAUUUCAGAGGAAGGAACUGGUAAAACCACCUCGUGAGCAUUCCUUACCUAGGAAAACUCAGUGAUAUUCAUCAGGUUGCCAUGUGUCAACAGGUGACAGGAGGAUACAUGCAUACACUUGCACACAGAGAGCCUGUUUCCCCUUUACCGGUGUUGUAUGCCUGUAAUUUCUGCUUUUAUAGGACACAAUAUUAAUAAUAUUAAUAUGCAUAAUUGGGGAAAAGGCCCUUACAAAAUUGUAGGAUUCCAGUUCUCAUCAGCCCCAAUCAACAUAAAUAAAAGCAAUUAGAAUUUGGAAGGCCCCAGAACUUGAACACCUGAUGUAAAUAAUUAGAAAUAAUAUAUUCCCUGCUUAUAUCAUUGCAAAUCUUUUGGGCAUAGCUUCAAUUGAUAGGAAAAGGAAACAAACAGCUUUACAAAAGAAAAAAGGAUCAAAGUAUUGUAAAGACAGUUAAACAUUUGGAGCAACCUUUUCCAAUCCAGUUCUUCUCAACUUCCAAAAAUCACGAGAAUGAAAGCAACCCAAAUCUUUACCUAAAGGGUACUAAGCUAAUAAAGGCUGGUUUACUGCCUAGCUUUCAUCAUCAAAAUAAAAAAAAAUUACAAGUAGACUGAAACUAUUUUAAACUAUGACUAUUUUAAACCAUGACUAUAAAAAGGUAUGGAAUUGAAAAAGUGUUCCCACCUAUUAUACAAACUAGGGAAUAGUUUCUAGUAGUCAUGUGCGUAAAAUUUGUUCCUACCAUUUUUCCUAUUUUUUUCAAGUAUUCAGUUUAUUUGGAAGCACAAAACAGGAAGCCCCCUCCCAACACGGAAAUCUGCUCAACAUGAAAGCCUGCUUGGUGGCUGGCGUGGCCUGUAUGCAUGCAAUUUCUGGGCCUGCCUGCAGGCCCUGCCACACACACACACACACACACUGAGAGUGUGGCAGAGCAUGUGUGGAGGCUGGCAAGGUGUACAGGCAGGCCCGGAGCACACCUGCAGCUGAACGCCUUACUCCAGAGGAACAGCAGGUAAGAAAAAUGCCAGGAAGGGGAGGCGAUGGGUGGGAAGCCCCUCCUAUAAUGGUCCAAAAUUUGAGUCCCCGAUCCAAAAAAACAUCCCAAUUUCGGAGGCUCCUGAAAACGGAUUGGGACCCCAAACUAAAGCCAGGACAGGAAACGAGGCAAGGUUUACCCAAAAAGCACAAGACUAGUUUCUAGAAUUAAACACAGUGUUCAAGACAUAAAGAUGUAGAUUAUUUAUGGGAAAGGCUAGGAAAACAUGAUUUCAUAGGCCUUUAUGUAUAAAACAUGAUCUAUCAAUGAGUAAGCACAACUCAUACAUAUUGUCCUACUUGAAAAGUGUCACUAAUUCAGCAUUAUGUUGGAAUGCGUAUGCGUGAGAGAAUGAAUGAAGAACAAGCCACAUCAUUAAUGUAUUACUCCAGUACAGCCUAAAAUGGAAGAAAGAGACCAGAUAUAUUGCAUGAUAACUCUGAGUAGAAAAAAGGAAGCGUACAUCGUUUCAAUGUAUUUAAUAAGAACCAUCCCCACAUGGUUCCCACUUUCUAAUUUUUGUUUUUUUUAAAAAAUACCAGCACUUAAAUAAAUCUCCAUUCUUUGAUGUAAAAGUUUGGGGAAGGUAUAAAAGAUAUACAGUUCUUGAAAGAUCAUGGUUUGGUCAUAGAUAACUUAAUCUGCUCCUGGGACCAUAAAGAAAUGUAGUUCUAUAAGGAAAACUUUCAUUUGUACAACUAGGAUGGGUCCUUUAUCUCAAUAUACAAGGAAAGCGAUUAAUCUUGCUCUAGACAUCAGUGCUCAGCAAGACCACCCUUAGAUUCCACAUAUUCCAACGCUGCUGCCUUCACAACCUGGACAGUUUCUGCUGUGCCAUACUUUUUCUCAUACUCCAAAUAACGCUUAAAGAAGAACUUCAUCUUCUUUGCUGCUAGGCUCAGGUGUAUCACUCGUUCAAAAAUGUCUCUGUGAAAAAAGCAGAGUGCUGUUCAGAAGGGCUCUCUCCAAGAAUCUCAAAAUCCUCCAGCACAAAUCUAUGUUCAAGUUUGCAUUUGGGGGAAGGGGGGGAGUCAAUAAAGUGAAGCCCACAAAUGAGGAGGACUCACUAAAUUUCUUUGAAGUCUCACCCUCCCCCCCCCCCCCACUCAGAUCAGCCAGCUCUUAAUUUCCGUGGUAGAGAACAGCAGAAAUAUUGUAUUUGCUAUAUUGAAAUAGGCUAUUGAUAACAACAAAUAAAGCUUUUUAGAUUGCAAUAGGUCACCAAUAUUUUGUGCAUCACAAUAUAUGAGAAUUAUGGCUUCAGUAGCUACACAAAAUGAAGCUCCCUACCUCCCACUCCCCUAAUCUCGGCUCUCCAUCUUCAAGCAAGACUCAAAAGAGCGCGUGAGAUGCGUUUCCCAUUGCAAAUGACAAGCCUGAUAAAACACAGGAAGGGGUUUUAAUGCCCUUCCUGUGACAUCCUUUCAUGCUGUUAAUAUCUAUUUACAUACAGUUUAUCUCCCAAACUGCCUUAAAUGCCAGGCUGAUAUACAUUUCCUGUGCUGUAAUUGCACAUUUUCUUUUAAAGUUCAAAAGUCUAGGUCUUCUUUCUCAUGCUAUUACUCACCGCACUUCCUUCUGACUGCCAUGUUUUAUUAUCAUGUCUAUGUACACUGACCAGAUGUCUGUGCGUUUCGGGUAUGUGCUCAGGGUGUUCUCAAAAAUGGCCUUCCCGUGUUCAGAAUCACCAAAUUGGAACUCCAGCUGUGCCAGCUUUGAAAUCACAUCCACAUCUGCAAUGGAACAAAACUGUGUUUUAAAAUGCAUUCCAUUAGUCAUGACUGCCUUUGCUUACAAGUCUGAGGUUACUUUGACAAUAUGUAAUUAGAAAGCAAUCAGGAUUACCUGCUAGGAAAUUCUUAGAAUAAACUAACCAAUUGUUGUUGUUGUUUUAAAGUCUUUCAUAAUGUGUGUGUGUGUGGGGGGGGGGGG